AUGGAGCAGAGAAAGAGGAACCAGAAGAAAGAGAAACUCGCGACAACAGAGUUGCCGAAAGAGAAGUGUUGGCGCCUCAGACUUGAGGAUCAGCUUCUUGGGCCCCACUCCAAGGUGUCGCGGCGGUCGGGUUCUUUCCGCCGCCCCCGGGAAGAUUCUCAGCUAACCCUUUCUCCGCCGAGACCCAGAGGCCCUCGCUCUGACACCACUCCGGGAGCCAAGCUACUCGGGCAGAGGGCUUCUCGGAGAGGGACGCUCGGGCAGUUGCGGCGGCGGAGGUGGUGCAGAGCAGGAAGCGGCGCGGAAGCACAGCGGGAGGCGGAGGGGGACGCCCAUCCUCGUCAAGGUCUUCAGCCACCCCGCCCGGGAGACUCGAAACUGGCUUUGGGGUACCUGAAUGCCCCAACUCCCAGGGAGACAUCUGGAGCUCGGAGCCACCCUCCCUGCGGCGAUGGCACCUGCCUCAAGGCGGUCUCGCUUGCUGAUGCCUGGCUGGGAAGGAGGAUGGAUGCCGCUGGCAUGUGCCCUGGCUCUGGAAAAACUGGCAGGAAUUUCCUUGUCGUGAGAAGAUGGACGAGUGUGUCUGCAGUCGAGGAGACAACUACAAACAGACUUUGGGCAGGGAAGGCGGGCGGGCGGGGGUGGGGGUGGGGGCGGGGGCCAGCUUUGAUCGCUCCAGCUCUGUUGUAA